AUCAAAUCACCAUUCGCCCCAGUAUAAUUAUCGAGCAGACGAUAGACUGCAAUGGUGCUUCCUCGAGCUCAAAUCCUGCAAAAAUAGCCGGCAGACUCAGACUCGGUAGCAACUAUCGUCAUGGCAUUCCGACGGAUCUGGACAAAUACCAGGUCCACGUUCGUACAGAGACCUUGGCCGACUCGCAUACGGACGGCUAGCUAUGCCUCAAUCGCAGAUUCAAGACGAAUUGAUGAACGAACGGUACAAAGAACGGUCCGGCUUGAGGAUCUUCCUAGUGCUGCUCUAGGACCGGACGGGAAACCUCUAGAGGCAUUACCGCCCUUUGGAAAGAGAUCAAAUGGGUUUUCAUCAGUUACUGGUCAGAAUGCUCUACAUCAAGCUGAUCCGGAGCGAGAGUUGGAAGCCAGAUGGCAACGAGCCAUCGAUCUCAGAGAGUUCCCGGAUACGGUUCUAGCUCAUGGGAUAUUCACAAACAUGCAGAAGUAUCCUGAUGAUAUCAUCCUCACUCGUGUCGGGAUGUUCUACGAGUCAUACUUUACGCAAGCAGCUGAAGUAGCGUCGCUCCUAAACAUACGCCUGACAUCGAAAUCAUUCCGGGUUAGACAAGAAGGGAAACCGACGAAAAGAUCGAAAGCCGCAUCCAAACCGACAACUCCGGCCUUGCAGCACAAAUUCCCGUUUGCGGGCUUCCCGAUAUCUCAACGGGAAAAGUUCUUCCAGAUGCUGCUCGAGCUCGGACGCAGCUUUGUAGUUGUUGAGGAGAAGGACAAAUCGGAGGGCACUUCCAAGGACCGGUUUGUGGCUCGAAGAUACACGCCGGGAACUUUAUUGAGCGAGGCCUGGCAGAUCAGCGACGAGACGAGGCAUCUAUUAGCUCUCUCCUUAGGGAAAAACGAGCCCAAUGGAGAGAUUGAAGAUACGCCAGUCGGGCUGGCUUAUAUCGAUGUAUCCACCGAUCGAGCGGUACAAACGCGGACUUCAACUCUGGGGGAGCUCGAGCAUGAGCUAGCCAGGAUCAGUCCUGUUGAAGUUGUCCUCCAGCGCGGAAUGCAAACUUAUCUGGAUAUCGGGGCUGCAAAGUCUUCCAAUGGGACGGAACUGCAGGGGAUUAAGGAAAUAAGCGCAACGGUAGCUCCCUUGCUGCAACAGAGUGGAGCUACUAUUGCUUAUGUAGACACCGCCGGAUGUUCGGUUGGCGCGACCGAGCUUGAGGCAUCAGCGGAACGUUUGAUACAGACCCACCUGAAAGACUGCCUUCUGAGCGAGAUGCCGAAAUUGCUCGAGGCCAGUCAUCAGUCUGCAGACUCGUUCAUGCAGAUCGACGCCUCGACCUUGCUCGGUCUCGAAAUCCGACAGUCGCUGCGACAGUCGGUCGGUGCACAGGCUAAAGGUGUCUACUCUUCGCCGGCUAGUCGAGCUGGUACCUUGCUCAGCGUUAUCAAGCGUACGUUGACACCUUCCGGAACGAGGUUGCUUGUCAACACGCUAUGUCAGCCGUCGACCGAUCUGCAUAUCAUUACACAGAGGCACGACCUGGUCGAGGCGUUUUUGCAGCGGAGCAACCUGCGUGAGGAUCUGCGUUACCAACUCAAGCAGAUGAGCAACGCUGGAAACGGAGAAAUCAGCAGGAUCAUUCAGAGGUUCUCUGCGAACGGCAGUACCGCCCCAGGCCUGGCUGGCGCACUAGCUGGAGGAAGGGAUCUAUGGGAUCUGAAGCAACGGAUCGAGGCGAUAGAUCGAUUGGGUCAGUCUAUUCAGGAGACGCUUGACAAUGAAGCCGAUUCGACGGCGGGACCAUACCUACGACUUCGUCAGUUGGUCGGUGAGAUGAGGAAUUUAGAAGCGUGGGCAGCUUCUAUCGACCGGGCAGUCGUCGCUUCCGUCCUGGACAAGUCCGCCGUGACCUUGGGGGAACAGCCAGACACGGAACCCAUCGCUGGCGAGGAGGAGUCCGACGAAGUGCCAGCUAAUAAUAUUCAAAGCUCGCAAGAAAAUGACAAUGACAGGUCGAGUUGGUGGAUCGAUCCAAACUUCAGUCCGGAAAUGCAGGACCUACACCGGAAGCUGACCGACCUGCUUCAGGAAAAAGCUGACAUGCAGACGCGUUUGCGUGAAAAGUAUAAGCUGGAAGGUCUUGAACUCAAAACAGGCUUCAACAACUUGCCGAGCCUGGUCUAUGUACCGAAACGAAGCAGAAACACCGAUUUCUCGAUCAUUCGGAAAGAUCCCGAGAUGGCGGUGCUCAAUGACACAGCAAAGACAGUUCGGACGUUCGUAUACAAUAAAUGGUCUGUGCUUGCAAGUACGAUCGACCAAACCAGGGACAAGAUGCUGGAAGCGCAAAAGGAGGCGUUCAAGAUCUUACGCGAACAGACUCUGGCGCUGCAAGAUGACCUGCUACAUAACGCAUCGUUGCUCGACGAGAUCGAUCUCUGCCUUGGAUUCGCUCAGGUAGCCGAUGAGUUGCGUUUCGUCCGUCCUGAGAUGGAUACCGGAGAUGCCUUUGAACUCGUGAACGGACGUCACCCUACCGUGGAGUUUGGCCUGCUAUCGGCGCAGUCGGCUCGCAACUUUACGCCUAAUUCGCUACAUCUCGACUCUGGAAGACAUCUCGCCAUUAUCACAGGUCCUAACAUGGCAGGGAAAAGUACGCUGUUGAGACAGAUGGCGAUUGUGGCGAUCCUCGCACAAGCCGGAAGCUUUGUGCCGGCCGACAAGGCGAGGCUGGGUAUCAUUGACGCUGUCUUCAGCCGAGUCGGCGCCCGGGACGAUCUUUACAUGGACAGGAGUACUUUCAUGAUGGAGAUGCAUGAGACUGCGCAUAUCCUCAACAAAGCCACAUCACGAUCAUUGGUGAUUAUGGACGAGAUUGGAAGAGGCACGACUCUUAAUUCGGGCAUCGCGAUCGCAUACGCGGCCCUUGACUAUAUUUUACGACACAAUAAGAGCAAAACGCUCUUCGCCACGCAUUAUCACGAACUUUACGACAUGUUAACGACGAUAGAUGAAGAGGGUCACCGUACGACGAGACCGGGGGUCGAGUUCUGGUGCACCGAUGUAGAUGAAGUGGACGACCGCUUUGCAUAUUCGUACCGGCUGAAACCUGGCGUCAACCGGCAGUCGCACGCUAUAAAAGCGGCCAAGCAGGCUGGUAUGCCUGAAGAGUUCCUGCUAUUGGCGGAACGGACUCUUAGUGGCCUUGAAAGUAAGACGAGAACGAAAGGGUUUACGGUGUCCUCGGCCGUACAAGGCGCAGGAAUGAGGCGAUUCUCGACAAGGGCUGAUAGUCAUGAUAGAAACGGUAUCGGGGAAGGACGACCAGCCAGAAGGGCCGAUCGUAAUGGACAGGUCAAAGAUUCAACUCAAAGGACGGAUUCUCAACCUGGCAAGAGAAAGCCUAAAGAGCCCGCUCCCGUGACUGUCCACAUACCUAAGGGUAGAUAUUGGUCUAGCAGGUUAUCGACCCUCCCCAUCAUCCCCCUAACCCGGACAACCCAGCACUUGCAAUUGGACCGCCAUUUAGUAAGGAGUCGGGAUAUAAUCAAGUUCACGUCACCUUCGAAUGAGACAAAGACCGCGCCUGAAGGCGCCAAGACCACUUUCAGUCCGCAGGGCGAAGGAUCAGACAAGCAGUCACAAACCUAAGGCCUGAUCGGGCA